CUCCCACUCGCCCCUCCACCGGCGCCAUUUACGGUAGCGGCGGAUUCCGGGAAUUACCGUGCCGUCAUUUUGUCGUCACCCACGUCGCCUGUCAGGCGCAGCGGGGCUCGCGGGCAGCAAACGACGAUUGGAGCAGGAAACGGCGCUGGAGAACGACGACGUCUCGUGCUCGCCUGAUUAAUUCCUGAGUCACUUCGUCGCGGACACCAAAGGCGCAUUUCGCGAAGGAACGGAACGGUAGAUAGAAGGCGAACUUCAGGAGACGACGUCGACCUCGUCGGUGACGGUGGAAGUAAGAGAGGACGUCGAGCGACGACGUCGGACACGCAAUUGUGCGUGUUACGUCUCGUGAGAUUGUUACGAAAUUAAAGAGAGAGAAGAGAUUGACAUCAUUAUAAAGUAUGGCAUUGUGGGCGAGAGCACAGCAAUUGCCGAAAGAUUUACUCGAAGAAGUACGUUCUCUAUACACUGACAAUACAUUUCCAAUUGAAGUGCGACAUUUUUUGUCACAAUGGAUAGAAGAAAAGCUAUUAAAUAUUGUAGAACCAAAUAUUCAAAACGAACAAUAUAUAACUGGUCUUAUUGGAUCUUUGAUCCAAGAGUUAGAAACAAAAAUAAAUAAUAUACACGGUGGAGAUCUGUUUUUGAUGAAAUUAAAGUUACAAGAGGCUGUUAAACUAUUUCGGCAAAAAUAUGAUGAAGAUCCCCUCAGGCUGUUUCAUACCAUUAGGUAUUGCCUUGGGACGGAGAUGAAACUUGUGGCACAAGCUGAAAAUUUAGGAAACACAUUUGUAAGUAACGACAAGAAGAUGCCCACAAAUCCUGAAAUAAGUCACGUACUCGGAUUCUUGAAGCAAAGACUUUGCGAGAACAUGCAUAGUUUACGAAAGAUUGAAGAGGAACAAGAAGCUUUUGCUCUUCAUUAUCAUGAAUGUACAAAGCUAAAUGCUACUUUGCAGCAUCUUAAUACACAGCCACAGAAUCACCAAAAUAUGGACGUAAAGGAAAAACUCCUAAGACAAAAAGAACUUAUGGAGCAGCAAUUGAGUAGCAAAUUAGCUCUUGUAUUACACUUACGCAUGGACUUUAUCGAUAAAAUGAAAGAGACCAUUAAUAGUUUGAAUUCAUUGCAAUCGAAAGUCCUUGAUGAAGAACUUAUUAGUUGGAAGAGAGAUCAACAGUUAGCGGGCAAUGGAGCAACUUUCAGCAGUAAUUUGGAUAUCAUUCAGAACUGGUGCGAGAGUCUUGCUGAUAUAAUUUGGCAUACUCGGCAACAAAUCAAAGAGGCGGAAAUUCUGAAGAACAAGUUCUCGUAUGAACAAUCAAUGAUACCCGACAUUUUCCCAAGUUUAAACACCCAAAUUACGCAACUACUCAGUUCGUUAGUUACGAGUACUUUUAUCAUAGAAAAACAACCGCCUCAAGUUAUGAAAACCAAUACUCGUUUUACGAGCACAGUACGUCUUCUCGUUGGCGCCAAAUUAAACGUUCACAUGACACCGCCGCAAGUAAAAGUGAGCAUAAUCAGCGAAUCGCAAGCGAAUGCUUUGUUGAAGAACGACAAAAUGGCGAAGAAUGGCGAAGCCAGCGGCGAGAUUUUAAAUAACACUGGCACGAUGGAGUAUCAUCAGGCGGCUGGACAACUUUCAGUGAGUUUUCGCAACAUGCAGUUGAAAAAGAUUAAGCGAGCUGAGAAGAAGGGCACAGAAUCCGUGAUGGACGAGAAAUUUUCGUUAUUGUUCCAAUCGCAAUUCAGUGUCGGCGGCGGCGAAUUAGUAUUCCAAGUUUGGACUCUAAGUUUACCUGUGGUCGUAAUUGUACAUGGGAAUCAGGAACCACAUGCUUGGGCUACAGUUACUUGGGACAAUGCUUUCGCUGAAGCAGGCAGAGUGCCAUUUGUUGUGCCUGACAAAGUAUUAUGGCGACAAGUAGCAGAAGCCUUAAAUAUGAAAUUUCGCUCGGCGACCGGUCGCGCUUUGACCGGAGAAAAUCUCAAAUUUCUUGCGGAAAAGGCAUUUCGCACUGUCCUGCCAGAUUACUCGAAUACACCUCUGAGUUGGGCACAAUUUUGUAAGGAACCAUUGCCCGAGAGAAGCUUUACGUUCUGGGAAUGGUUUUAUGCUAUCAUGAAGUUGACCAGGGAACAUUUAAAAAAUCCAUGGAUGGAUGGGUGCAUUCUUGGAUUUAUUCGGAAGAAGAAAGCGGAAGAAAUACUGGCAACCUGUCCACCAGGCACUUUCUUGAUGCGAUUUUCUGAUUCUGAACUCGGUGGUAUUACUAUUGCAUGGGUUGGAGAUCAAACGGAUCAAGUUUUUAUGCUGCAGCCGUUUACGAGCAAAGACUUUGCCAUUCGUAGCUUGGGCGAUCGCGUUUACGAUCUACAGCACUUGUUAUAUCUCUAUCCAAAUCAAAUAAAAGACCAAGUUUUUGCCAGAUACUGCACACCACCGAAUGACACCCAAACAUCGACGAACGGGUAUAUCAAGCCACAGUUAGUCGUGCAAGUGCCAGCUUGUUUCACAGGCAGUCAAACGCCAUCUCAUUCCUCCUUAGCGGGCAUGAAUAAUAAUGGCCAGACUGGACCAGGAAGCUAUCCCGCCACCCCAAAUAUGUUUCAAGCACACAGCCCCGAUCCUUCUGUAAGGGACACGUCGUCUGUAGCACCAAGUGAUUACGCUACGGGUCUCGGCCUGUCAAGCAUCGGACCAUCGACCAACUUGGAGUUGGAACCCAUGGAUUCCAUGGAUCACAUGAAUCUGCCGAUGGAAAUACAGAUGGGAAAUAUGAACCAGUUUGAAAAUAUACAACAGAUGAAUUUUAAUGACUUCAUGCAGUCGUACAACGCUAUUAAGCCGCAGUAAGAG